AUGUUUUACGGCGUUGUUGUCAAGCCUGGUCAGACCGUCACCCUGUCCCCUGAGGACGGUGGCGAAGUCCUCCAUCUCUCUCAGGUCUGCAUGCCCCAUCCCAAGGAUGGAGGCCGCACGUACGUCCAGGUGACCCAGGAGGGUAAGACCUACUCGGUGUGCAUGCUGCAGAAGGACAAGCAGGAGUUCACCAGCCUCGAUCUUUUCCUCUCCACGAGCCAGGGCAUCACCAUCAAGACUGAGGGCGCCAAAAACGAGGUUCAUCUCACUGGCUACUUCGAGCCUGAGCCCGAGGACUUUGACUCCGAGGACGAGGAAGACGAGUCCGACAUGGAGGAGAGCGUGAUGCACCACGCGAAGAAGCACGUGCCCUCAAAGGGCGGCAAGAUUGAGGACCUCGAUGGCGACGUGGAUGAGGAGGACGACGAAGACGAGGAUGAAGAUGAGGCUGAGAUGAAGGCCCUGACUGGAGGUGACGACGACGAAGAUGAUGAGGAUGAUGAUGAUGAGGACGAGGAUGAUGAGGACGGAGAGAACUGCCUCGGCGGCGAUGACGAGGAGGUCGACGAGGAGGAUGAUGAUGAUGAGGACGAAGACGAGGAUGACGAGGAAGAAGACGAGUCGCCGCAGGCCAAGAAGGGCGCUGACAAGAAGCGCAAGGCCAUCGAAGCCGCUAGCCCCAGCAAUAAGAAGGCCAAGCCCUCCGCAGCCCCGGCUAAGGGUCAGGCCCCGCAGAAGGCGGGCAGCGACGCCGCGGCGUACAAGAGCGCCCUCGUUGAGUUUUUGAAGAAGAACGGCAAGACGCCUCUGGCGACUUUGGGCCAGAAGGUGAAGAAGCCGGCGGGCGUCAGUGAGAAGAUGGCGCAGUUUCUCAAGUCGAACGCGUCGACCUUUGACGUUUCCAACGGCGUUUGCUCGUUGAAGUGA